CCAGCGUUCCCUCUCGCCCACGACUAGAGUCACAAUGGCUUCUCCAGCAACUUCUGGCGCGGCGCGCCCGUUCCCUACCAUCAAGCAUGUGCGCACCUUUGUAACACAGGGCCCCGGAAGUGGCGGAGACUACCACAAUGUUGCUGGUGGCCAUUGGCUCAUUGACAGCAAAAUCUCAACUCCAAUGAGCCAGUAUGAGCAAUAUCGCAAGUCGAGAACGAGCUGGGGAAUCAAUGUUCUCGGUUCUUUCUGUGUCGAGAUCGAGGCCAGUGAUGGCACCAAAGGCUUUGCCACGGGCUUUGGAGGACCACCAGCGUGUUGGCUGGUUGCUGAACACUUUGAGCGCUUCUUGAUCGGCCAGGACCCCAGAGACACCAACCACAUGUUUGAGCAAAUGUACCGCGCCUCAAUGUUUUACGGCCGCAAGGGUCUCCCCGUCGCCGUCAUCUCAGUCAUCGAUCUCGCCAUCUGGGAUUUGCUUGGCCACAUUCGCAACGAGCCCGUGUACAAGAUGCUGGGUGGCGCUACACGUGAGAGGCUCAACUUCUACUGCACUGGACCUGAGCCAGCAGCAGCAAAGGAAAUGGGCUUCUUUGGCGCAAAGGUGCCGCUGCCCUACGGUCCUGGCGAGGGUGUCGAAGGCCUGAAGAAGAACGUCGAAUUCCUCACCAAACACCGUGAGAGUGUUGGCCCCGAUUUUCCCCUCAUGGUUGACUGCUACAUGAGUCUGAACGUGCCUUACACAAUCGAGGUGGUCAAGGCAACCGAGCACCUCAACCUCAACUGGUGGGAGGAGUGCUUGUCGCCAGACGACUCUGAUGGCUUUGAGCAAAUCAAGCGUGCUCACCCCCGAAUGAAGUUCACCACUGGCGAACACGAAUACUCACGCUACGGCUUCCGGAAACUCAUCGAGGGACGCAACCUGGAUAUCCUCCAGCCAGACGUAAUGUGGGUUGGCGGCAUGACGGAGCUUAUCAAGAUCUCGGCCAUGGCUGCUGCGUAUGACAUCCCUGUUGUGCCCCACGCCAGCGGGCCGUACUCCUACCACUUUGUCGUCUCCCAAGCGAACUCGCCUUUCCAAGAGUACUUGGCAAACUCGCCAGAUGGCAAAUCCGUUUUGCCCGUAUUCGGUAACCUCUUCACCAACGAGCCCAUUCCCACAAAGGGCUAUCUCGACGUCAAAGCCCUCGAUCGUCCUGGCUUUGGCCUUGAGCUGAACCCGCAUGCCGGAUUGAUCGACGCCACCCGCAUCCUCAACCCUGCGCCACAAAAGGCCCUGAAGCCUGCCGAGCCAGAGAAGCCGGCCGAGGCCAAUGGAAAGCGUACACCCCUUCAAUCAAUUCCAAUUGUUGUUCCCAUCAUCACAACUACCCCGCCACAACCCCACCUCAUCAUGGAGGCCAUCAAGGAUACCGUAAACAGUGCGCUUGAGAAGCUUCACAUCGGUGGAGCUGCUCAAGGCGCUCCUGCAAAGGAGCUAUCCGAGGCUGAGUUCAAUGAGCUCAAGGCCAAGUACCAGAAGGCUGGUCAAGAUCAAGUUUUUGCUUUCUACGACAAGCUGUCCACCGCCGAGAAGGCCUCUCUCUAUGAGCAGCUAAGCAACUUCAACCCCGAAUACAUCAACGAGAUCACCGAGCGUGCCCUCCACCCUGUACAGACCGAAGCAACUGAGAACAAGCUCGAGCCUCUCCCUGAGAAUGCCACAUCCUCGGUCCUCGACUCCUCGCAGGACAGCCUCGAUCAAUGGUACAACAGCGGCUUGGAAUUCAUUGCCAACAACCAGGUCGCCGUUGUGCUGAUGGCUGGUGGUCAAGGCACCCGUCUGGGAAGCUCAGCUCCCAAGGGGUGCUUUGACAUUGGACUCCCAAGCCAGAAGAGCUUGUUCCAAUUGCAGGGUGAACGCAUCAGGAAGGCCGAGAUGCUGGCAGCAAAGAAGCACGGCAAGGAGAACGUCACCAUUCCAUGGUACGUCAUGACUAGUGGACCUACCCGAGGGCCUACUGCCGAGUUCUUUGAGAAGCACAACUACUUCGGCUUGAAGAAGGAGAAUGUUGUCAUCUUCGAGCAGGGUGUCUUGCCAUGCAUUUCAAACGAGGGCAAGAUCCUCUUGGAAAGCAAGUCAAAGGUCGCCGUCGCGCCUGAUGGUAACGGUGGUCUUUACCAAGCCCUUAUCCAAUCUGGUGUCGUAGCCGACAUGGGUAAGCGCGGAAUCAAGCACAUCCACGCCUACUGCGUCGACAACUGCCUGGUUAAGGUCGCUGACCCCGCCUUUAUUGGCUUCUCUGCGUCCAAGAAUGUCGACAUUGCCACCAAGGUCGUUCGCAAGCGCAAUGCCAAGGAAUCUGUUGGCCUCAUCCUCCAAAAGAACGGCAAGCCAGAUGUUGUCGAGUACUCUGAGAUUUCUACCGAGGACGCAGAGGCCAAGGACCCCAAGGACUCUGAGCUGCUCAAGUUCCGUGCUGCCAACAUUGUCAACCACUACUACUCAUACAGCUUCCUCGAGAGCAUCCCUGCAUGGGCCAAGAAGCUACCCCACCACGUUGCUCGCAAGAAGAUUCCCUACGUCAACACCGAGACUGGGGAGACGAUCAAGCCAGAGAAGCCCAACGGCAUCAAGCUCGAGCAGUUCGUCUUUGACUGCUUCCCCUUCCUUACACUCGACAAGUUUGCUUGCAUGGAAGUAAAGCGUGAGGACGAGUUCUCACCGUUGAAGAAUGCCCGCGGUACUGGAGAGGACGACCCCGACACGAGCAAGCAGGAUAUCAUGACGCAGGGCAAGAGGUGGGUCCAAGCUGCCGGUGCUACGGUUGUCAGCGAGGACCCCAAGGAGGGCAUCGAGGUCUCCCCAUUGAUUUCUUACGGCGGUGAAGGCCUCGACUUCCUCAAGUCGAGGACAAUCAAGGCUCCCGCGGUCAUCGAGUCGGAAGACUAGAUGGUAUUGUACCAAGACUGAUCCAAUACCUUUUCAUGCAUUCAGCUGUACACGGCGUACGGUUGUAGAGAUAAAAUAUCUACUAGCACGAAGAUUGGAAUCAAAUAGAUACGAAUGAAGAUGAACAUCAAAGU